AUGUCGCUCUCCAACAAGCUCUCCAUCACCGACGUUGACGUCCAGGACAAGCGUGUCCUGAUCAGAGUCGACUUCAACGUCCCGCUCGACGGCGACAAGAACAUCACCAACAAUCAGCGUAUUGUCGGUGCCCUGCCCACCAUCAAGCACGCCAUUGACAAUGGCGCCAAGGCCGUCAUCCUCAUGUCCCACCUCGGCCGCCCCGAUGGCAAGCCCAACCCCAAGUACAGCCUGAAGCCCGUCGUUGCCGAGCUUGAGAAGCUCCUGGGCAAGAGCGUCGAAUUCGCCCCCGACUGCGUCGGCCCCGAGGUCGAGGCUAUCGUCAACAAGGCCAGCGGCGGCCAGGUCAUCCUUCUCGAGAACCUGCGUUUCCACGCCGAGGAGGAGGGUUCCUCCAAGGACGCCGAGGGCAAGAAGGUCAAGGCCGACAAGGCCAAGGUCGAGGAGUUCCGCAAGGGCCUUACCGCUCUGGGUGAUGUCUACGUCAACGACGCCUUCGGCACUGCCCACCGCGCUCACUCCUCCAUGGUUGGUGUCGACCUUCCCCAGAAGGCUGCGGGUUUCCUCAUGAAGAAGGAGCUCGACUACUUCGCUCAGGUCAUCGAAUCGCCCAAGCGCCCCUUCCUUGCCAUCCUCGGUGGCGCCAAGGUGUCCGACAAGAUCCAGCUCAUCGACAACCUGCUCGACAAGGUCAACAGCCUCAUCAUCUGCGGUGGCAUGGCCUUCACCUUCAAGAAGACCCUCGAGGGCGUCAGUAUUGGCAACUCCCUCUUUGACGAGGCUGGCGCGCAGACUGUUGGCAAGCUCGUCGAGAAGGCCAAGGCCAAGGGCGUCAAGCUCACUCUGCCUGUCGACUAUGUCAUUGCCGACAAGUUCGCCGCCGACGCCAAGACCGGUACUGCCACUGACAAGGACGGCAUUCCCGAUGGCUGGAUGGGCCUUGACUGCGGCCCGGAGUCGGCCAAGCUCUUCAAGGAGGCCAUCGACGCCUCCGAGACCAUCCUGUGGAACGGCCCCGCCGGUGUCUUCGAGUUCGAGGCUUUCGCCAAGGGCACUAAGGCCACACUCGAUGCCUUCACCGCCGCCGUUGCCAAGGGCAAGACCGGCAUCAUCGGAGGUGGUGACACCGCCACUGUUGCGGCCAAGUACAACGCCGAGGACAAGUGCUCGCACGUCUCCACUGGCGGCGGUGCUUCUCUCGAGCUGCUUGAGGGUAAGGAGCUGCCUGGUGUCACCGCCCUGAGCUCGAAAUAG